CAUGUUAGCAAAAUAAUAUUUACAUCUUCCCUCAAUUAAUGAACAUCACGUGCUGUUGGAAGUGCAGUAGGAUCAUCACCAGACUUCUAUGGUUAUAUUUUAAUACGAAACUGUAAUCCUGAAAUUUAGCCAUGGGUGUUGUACAUCUCGCGGAGCCUCAGUACACCACCGAGCAUAACCCCAACAAAGUCUUCGCAUGUGCCAGCUGCGACACGGUUCUGACGCAGCACAAUCUGUUGCGGAGCCGCCAGUUUAUCGGCAGCACCGGGGCGGCCAUCUUAUUCCGUCGCGCCAUCAACGUCAACUUUUCGGAGGCCACCGAACGGCAAUUCCUCACGGGCCAGUACAUGGCCAAAGAUGUCACGUGCAGCCGCUGCGCGGGGCGGUUGGGCUGGUACUACGAGCGUUCCUUCGAUCCCCAUUUUGCCUUUAAAGAGACGCAGGUUGUGCUGGAGGUGAAAUUGAUCAAGGAACGCGAUGGUACCGCCACGGAACUGGCGGCGUUCCACGGAAAUGCAGAGGACUAAAUGCCGAAUUGCUGGAAAUAAUAUCCAACUACAGUGAAACUCCUCUUAACAUUCACCUUCCUAUAACAUUCACCCCUAUACUGCAUGCAUGAGGCUGAGAACCAAACUGUCCGGUAGACUACAACACAGGGGCAGUUCUCUGUAUAACAUUCACCCCUUUACAGCUAUAACAUACACCUUUUAUGGAACCGGUAACAGUUUUACCGGCUUAUUCAACCCCUGCGUAACAUACGGUUGGCUAGUCUGGUAAAAAAAACCAUUUCGAUGUCUCUAAAAGAAAGUUCCGGCUUCUGUUUUUAAUCUGUUUAGUACCGGAUCUUCCAACUCCAGACAUACAAAAGGGCAGCAAAACCAACAUUCGCACCGAAUAAUGUCCAUACUCCGAUAUUUUGUUAAUGUUUUGGUUAAGUAACACCCUCCGGGGGCUGUGCCCUGAGCCCCUGAGGGCAGUGCCCCUGGGGGCAGUGCUUCUGUAUAACAUACACCCCUCUGUAACAUUCAGAAAGCCUGGAACGGAGGGUGUAUGUUGUAGAGAAGUUUCACUGUAUACGGGAAUAAAAAAUUAUGCUUAUGAAUCUGUGUCACCGCGAUGGCAUUUUCCUGUUAUCUGGCGACCACUGCCUACCAAAAAAUCGGGUCGUUCAAAUGUAUUGAUUCGAGAAUAUGAUGCGCGUACUUGUACUGACUUCUGCUCCUUCGCAAUAAUUUUCGUUUUCGUAAAUUUCUUGUAACUUAUCCUUUGUAUUUCUAGAUCGUUGUUUUCUCAGCAUGG